AUGGCCACCGGUAUGAAUACUGACUACCCCGUCGUGCCGAUUCGAAGAUAUCUCGAUGCUGUCGAAGACUUGGCCGUACCGUCUAGACGCACACAGGGUACCGGCCGCGCAUAUACUCGUCCACUGUUGUCGCCGUUCGAGCAACUUCCGUUGGAGAUUCGUCAAGAGAUAUAUGGAUGGCUCGGCUUCCCCAUCGGCGGCAAAGUAUGGGAGCCUAUUGCCACGAAGCAAGGUGGAAUGGGCUUCUAUCGCAUGCACCUCAAGGAUGAGCAAUUCGCCAAUCUGACCAAGGUCACUCUCACUGAGAAAUGCGGUCAUACGUAUUCCACCGAUAACCCUCAUCGCAUGGCCAAAGUAUCACCCCGCUCCAUACUAGUCCGUCAGGCGCAUUCAGUACGUUACAUCGCAGAUCAUUGUCCCUUUCUCACCCAGUUCCGGAUACAACCUUACCUCCAAGGCUCCGUGACCUGGAGUUCACGAAAGCGCCGUGGCCUUCGUGGCGUUGCCCCAAAGUCCACGGAAGCUCUGAUCCAGGCCAUCGUAUACCUCGUAGAGAGGUGUGAGCAUCUAGAAAUCAUUUGCAUCCGAUACGUAAUCGAAGUCCACGAGACAGAGGACUGCUACCUGGAUCAGAGGCUGUGCCAGGAAUACUUCAGCUCAUCGUGCAAGUGCCGGGAGCAGGACUGCGAGUUUCUGGUACCGGAAUUGGGCUACUUGGAACGUCUAGAGUGUGCAGAGAAGUGGGCAAGGUAUUACCUUGAUUGGUUGCGCCAGGAUAAACCGGAAUGGGAAUUGGCGUGA